AUGCGACUCUUUAAGAAGAACAAGUCGCCGACACAUCAUCCAGUGCGAAGCGCCGAACAACUCCCCGCGUUUGCUCCACACCCCGACCCCGUUGACGACCGGCGCUAUUCACAAUUUGAGUACCAGGCGCCUAGCCAGUCUCAUUCGAACUCUACUCCGUCUCAGUCUCUGAGUCGAUCCCAGAGUCAGCGUCAGUCCAAGUCACUUCGCGACCGACCGACAGUCAACGUGGUCCCGGAAGAACGUCACGAUAAGGGCCUGUCGGUGCGACCAUCGUCUGGUAUUGUCGAGCGCAGCAUUUCUGUCAGGGGCAAGCCCAUUUCCAAUCCUAUUUCCCAGCCUGUAUCACCUCGAGUCUCACAUCCAGAAACACUGAACGAGACCGACGAGUUUCUUCCGCCCCAGCAUUCCUUCUCGGAGAACCCCUCACCUGUCACCGCACCGCAAUCCUUUGAGCCGCGCUCUGCAUCUCUGGCCUACCAACAACAUCAGCAACCUCAGCAAAACACUCGAGGCCCCCGUCCCUCUCAUCCUGCACACACUGAGAAUCCCGAGCGGUCGCAGCUGAAACCAGUGAAACCCCCGCUUUACACCCAGCCCCUCGCACGCGCCAACGAUCGCCCUUCGCCGACCGACAUCCCAGAGUCCCCCUUCCUAGAGACAAACCAGGGCUUCACUCUCCAGGACCCGGUAAUGACUACCCGGCCCCCAUCCCGGACUCUCGAGCCGCUUUCCCCCGUCCAAACCCGUUAUCCUGACGCCAUGCAGUCUCAAGCUCAGGCCCAAUCCCCAUUCCAGCCGGACAAUAAAUCUGCAGAUUCCCCGCAGCGGGAUCCAAGCCGGCGGGGCAGUGUGUCAAACAUGCCCGAGAACGGACGGAACACACCUACGACACACCGCCGCGAGGAUUCUGGGGAUGCCGAUCUCCGGGCCCUGAUUCAGAAACACGAUGAGCUUCCCAAAUACUCCAAGGUUAAGCGGUAUUAUUUCGAAAAGGAUGCGCAAGUUCAGCACCUCCAAAACACGGUAGCGCAUCAGCGGAUGGCUGUGUCGCGUACCGUUCUUGACGAUAAUGAGUACACCAAUCGUUUCCAGCGACUAGACGGGGCAAUCAAAGACCUUGCGUUCUCGGUGCGAAAAGACUGGCGCGCUGUUCCAUCCUGGCUCAACGGGAUGGUCAGCGAUGAGGCACUUGCUACCGUGACCAAGGAGAUGACACCGGUCGGACGAGCAAUCAUUAGCCGAUGGCUAGUAGAAGAAGUCUUCCAGCGUUAUUUCCACCCGGCCCUAGAGUCCGCCUUCAGUAGGCAGCUCAAGAGCAUCGAAAUGAACCUUCGUCGUCAACGCCCAAACUCAGAUGAAGAGCGCGAAAAUGCCUCCGCAAGACUCUCUUACUGGCGUCGCACAACCUUCGACGGGCUCAGCGACAGUCUAGUCGGCCCGGAGGCCGAUGAACGCCGUGGCGAACUAGUCGAGCAAUUGAUUAUGGAUCUCGCCGGCUUCCUGGGUUCACAGCUCCAUGAUCGCGCCCACCCAGGACUAGAGGCGGGUGUACGCAUGAUCAUUGAAAACUCCACCAACAUCAUUGAGAAAAUCCCCCUUGAAGCACGCGAUGUCUGCGUCGAUUAUUUCCCACCCGGCGUCUCCUUCGCAGACCAGUACAUGAAGGUUGAAGGCCAACUCCCAGCCCUCAGCCAUCCACCCUCCGCAGAGACAGAUGAUGAAUCAGAGGAACCCAGUACCGCGAUUGAGAAUCCUUCUCCGGCACAGGCAAAGUCAAGAAAGUCGGUAUUUGGAGCCUUGAUGGGCCGCAAACCCGCGACUAGCGAUAUUCGACCGGCAGCAGGAGAAAAGGAGCCAGAAUCUAGUCCGCCCCGCAUUCGCUACUCGGCUUUCCUGGCUGUCGAGGUACGUGGUAAGGGACCGGCGACAGUGCUGAUCAAGUCUCCUGUCUGGCUGGUUGAGUAG